CUGUAAUCACCAAAGCAAAAUAUGUUUUAUCACCUGAAGGUUGGUGAAUAUUUAACAAAGUGCCUCUAGCACUAACUUUUCUAUUGAGAUCAAGUGAAAUGCUGGAUCAGCUGACUUGUCAGUACUGCAACCCUCCUGAGAUUAGUCAGUGAAAGCGAGAGUUGAAUAAAGUAGACGGAGUAAAAGAUGGGAGGAAAAUUCUUCUACCUUCUGGUAGCUUCAACUUUGAUAGCCUACUACAUCUACAGGCCUUUACCAGAGAAUGUGGAGGAACCCUGGAAGGUGAUGCUUUUAGAUGCUGGCUUUAGAAGCCUAUUACAUGUGGCCACAAUUGUGGAGAAGUUGGGUCUUGGACACUGGUUGGAUGUUAUAAAUCUGUACACAAUGUAUGAAUAUACACCACCUACAUCUGAUGAAAAAGUUAUUGUAACAGACACAAAAUUUAGCCAUGUUCCAGUACGUCUUUACAUUCCUACAAAGCAGUCAGAUGUCUUGAAAAGAGCAAUGAUUUUCAUUCAUGGAGGUGGAUGGUGUGUAGCAUCAGCAACCAUGAAAUCCUAUGACCUCUUAUCAAGAUGGACAUCAGAAAGACUAAAUGCUGUUGUGGUGUCAGUUGAUUAUAGACUAGCUCCAAAAUAUCGGUUCCCAGUUGCAUUUGAAGAUGUGUACUCAGUAGCAAAAUACUUUCUACAAAGCAGCAUUCUGGAGAAAUAUAAUGUAGACCCAAGCCGCAUCGGCAUUGCGGGAGACAGCGCAGGAGGUAAUUUAGCUGCAGCUGUAACCCAGCAGCUUCUUGAUGACCCUGACGUCAAAGCUAAAUUCAAGAUUCAAGCUUUAUUGUACCCUGGUCUUCAGACUAUUGAUCUGGAAUUGCCAUCCUUUCAGGAUAAUAAAAACAUGCCAAUUCUGCCUAAAACAUUACUAAUCAGAUUCCUCAGUGAAUAUAUUACAUCAGAUGAGUCUUUUUCCAAAGCUUUAAAGACCAACCAACAUGUUCCUGCAGAGUUCAACCAUUUGUUUAAAUUUGUAAACUGGAGUAAUUGGCUACCUGAAAGAUUUAAAAAAGGCCACGUUUAUACUGACCCAUCACAUAGAAAUUCCAAAAUUGGACACAAGUAUCCAGGUUUUCUGGAUCCAAGGAUAGCACCACUUUUAGUUGAGGACAUCAAGCUUCGGGGCUUACCACUUACAUAUGUCAUUACUUGUCAGUAUGAUGUCUUGAGGGAUGAUGGAAUCAUUUAUGUUUCCCGUCUUAGGGAAGCAGGAGUUCAAGUAGCACAUGAACAUGUUGAUAAUGCUUUUCAUGGUGUUGUAACAUUUAUUACAGGCCCUUUUGCCUCAAAUAUAGGACGCACAAUGGCCAACAAAUACAUUGAGUGGCUAAAUAAGAACCUGUGAAAACACACAUACACUACCUGAAGAUCCUUGGAUUCAUUCGGUUUCUCCAAUUAUAUUAUUUUUUUCAGGGACAUUAUCUUUUUGGUCAAUAAAUUUGACACUGUUAUUCUGCAGUUAUUAUACUUAAUAUAGAAUCUCUUGUUUCCCGCUGUUUGAAUAAGUAUGAGAAGCUUGGUAGAAUAUGUGGGAGACUUGUAUAACCAUUAAAUGAUUAAUAACUUAAAAUGAAAAAUAAAGCUUUUGACCAUUUCAUGUGUGAAAUUAGAGGCUUGUGUCUUGAUGUUAUUCAGGAUUGUUUUAAAAGUCAUGAUUCAUUCCUAUACUCUUUUGCCAUCAGCAAAAUGUGUUCCAGUGAGAUUUUUAAGAUAACUUGUUCCUUUUGGGAAGCAACCAGUGUGAAUAUCUGGCUGUAGACUAUUGUACAUUCUUGGAUAGCAUUUCAUGAAUAAAACCUCUUUUCCCCCCCUCUUGAUUGGAUUUUGCAUGGAUGGUAUCAAAGGAAAUAGUGUGAUAGUGCCUAUAAAUAUCCGGGAUUCAAGUUGGCGUGUUGAUUCUCAAAAAUGUUCUAUGAGAUAUAUUAUGCCACAAAUGUACAUAUCCUAUACUAGCUCCCAUGGUGAGCUGUUGGAUCAGUUAGGUAGAUAUGUUCCUGAGGAGGCUUCCUUAGAUCCAGUUUAUUUAAUCAGUCUCCAAUUUUCUCUUUUUAGGGGAGACAAUCCAAAAAUGGUGGGACUGCAACUAGAGCACUGUAGAGAACUAGAUUAUCUAGAUUCAUUUUGGCCAGGUUUUUGAAUUGGGUAUGUGUUACAGAUUCUUUUUUAAACCAUGUUCAAUUAGAUUGACCCAGACUCAAGAAAGAUUGAAAAAAGUGCUGGACUUUGAAUGUGUAAGGCUUACAAAUAUAUGUGUGUGUCCUAUUGCCUCUAUUCCAUAUUCUUAUCUAUUGCUAUUGUUUCUAUAUUAUUACCAUAUAUUAUUCUAUAUUAUUACAAUUAUAUCUGUACAGCAUUCUACUUCUUUUUUAAAAAAAAUAAUUUUUAUUAAACAUUUUUCAAAAAACAAAAAAUAAUCUUUAAACAAUAGUUUCUUUCCAACAAUUUUGCAAUGGUUAAUCGUUUUUUACGUGUCCAUUUUUUCUCCCUUAUUUCAAUGUAUCCUUUAUACCUAUAAGUCUAAUAUUAAUUUAUUUACAUAUAUACAUAUAAAUAACAAUGCACCCAAUUUCAUUUCUACAAACUACAUUUUUUCUGUUUCCUCUUAAUCAAAUUAUCUCUAUAUUAUUACACUUGUCUUUACACUGGAUUUUAUAAUAAAAUGUUAUAAUUCAGUUCUAUAGAGGAAUUAUUGAGUCUGUCAUUUGCACCUCUAUAACUGUCUGGUUCAGUUCUGCAACCCAACAAGAAAGACACAGACUUCAGAGGAUAAUUAGAACUGCAGAAAAAAUAAUUGCUACCAACCUGCCUUCCAUUGAGGACCUGUAUACUGCACGAAUCAAGAAGAGGGCCGUGAAAAUAUUUACAGAUCCCUCAUAUCCAGGACAUAAACUGUUUCAACUCCUACCCUCAAAACGAUGCUAUAGAGCACUGCACACUAGAAACUAGACACAAGAACAGUUUUUUCCCGAAGGCCAUCACUCUGCUAAACGAAUAAUUCCCUCAACACUGUCAAACUAUUUACCAAAUCUGCACUACUAUCAAUCUUCUCAUAGUUCCCAUCACCAAUCUCUUUCCACUUAUGACUGUAUGACUGUAACUUUGUUGCUGGCAAUCCUUAUGAUUUAUAUUGAUAUAUUGACCAUCAAUUGUGUUGUAAAUGUUGUACUUUGAUGAAUGUAUCUUUUCUUUUAUGUACACUGAGAGCAUAUGCACCAAGACAAAUUCCUUGUGUGUCCAAUCACACUUGGCCAAUAAAAAUUCUAUUCUCUACUAAU